AUGGCAUCCUAUGGACCAGUGAGACGCAGAGUGAUGCAGAAGAGUCGAGCUGCAGCCUUGUACGGAGCUUUGCAGAGCCUGGGUCGGAUUUCAGUCACUGUCUUGUGGCCCAGCGGGCGAAGUGAAAUCGUGUCCCUCGCAAAGGAUUCCAGCCUGAGCGAUUUGAAAGUCGCUGUGCAGCAGGCCUUGGGGCGAGGCUUUGUGAGGCUGGUGGCUUCAGAUGGAACAUAUUUAGAUCCAACAUCCAACCAUCCUCUUCAUUUGGCUGGUGUUCAUGACGGAGACUCUGUCACUGCCAUCGCCCAGUCGCCUGGCAUCGUUGCCACAGAUUCGGCUUUUGCUCUUUGGUGUUGCAAUGGUGGGGUGGUGACGUGGGGUUCUCUGGACUCUGGUGCUGACAGCAGCAAGGUCCAAGAUCAGCUGCAGAAGGUCCAGCAGAUCAGGUCAACGGAUGGAGCCUUUGCCGCCAUCCGCUCUGAUGGAACGGUUGUAUCUUGGGGCUGCCCUGCUUCUGGUGGUGAUAGCAGGGAAGUCCAGGAUCAGCUCUUCAAGGUUCAGGAGAUUUCGGGGACGUUCGGUGCCUUUGCCGCACUUCGGCUAGAUGGACGAGUUGUGACAUGGGGAUAUGCAGAUGAAGGUGGCAACAGCGAGAAUGUCCAAGAUCAACUUGUGGGUGUCCAGCAAGUUGUGUCAAACGCCGUGGCUUUUGCUGCCAUUUUGUCGAAUCGAAGCGUCGUGACUUGGGGCGACGCGCUUUGUGGGGGUGAUAGCAGCCAAGUCCAACAUCGACUUAAACACGUGCAACAGAUUUGCUCCACCAACUCAGCCUUUGCAGCCUUGCUGGCCAACGGCACGGUCGUAGCCUGGGGCGCUUCAGGUUGGGGCGGCAACAGCGACAAAGUCCAACCUCAGCUUCAAAGUGUGAAGAAGCUCUUUAGCAAUGAACAUGCAUUUGCUGCCCUGCUGGACAGCGGAUGUGUUGUCACCUGGGGUCACAACGAUUCUUGUAUCAAAAGCACGUUGAAACAAAACCAACUCAAGGAUGUGCAGCAGAUUUGUGGAUCCAGACGGGCUUUUGCGGCAAUCCGACAGGAUAGAACAGUUGUGACAUGGGGGGAUGCACAAUAUGGAGGUGAUAGCAGGGCUGUCCAGAAGCGCCUGAAGGAUGUGCAAGAGAUUUGCUCAAAUUCUUUCGCGUUUGCAGCCAUCCUAUCCGAUCAGACGCUGGUGACUUGGGGCUCAGCCUUUCUCGGAGGCAACAGCAGGAAAGUCCAAGAUCGCCUGAAGAACGUCCGGCAGGUUUGCGGAUCCCGCUUGGGUGCCUUUGCCGCUGUCCUCAUGGAUGGGACCAUUGUCACUUGGGGUUCUGCCUUGUGCGGUGGUGCUCUGCAGCAUCGGACGAGCAUCAUAGGACGCUCUGGGCAUUUAAGGGCUUUGUAG